AUUGGCGGGCCCGCCCCCCCGCGCGUACCCAGGAGGCCGCGCGGCGCCGAGGUCAAGAUGGCGGCGAGGGCGCCUGUUGCAGGAGGUGGUCGCCUGUUUGAGAGGCUUUGCAAGUGGUACUAUAAUGCAGCUGGGUUCAACAAAUAUGGGUUAAUGCGGGAUGAUACAUUGUAUGAAGAUGAUGAUGUGAAGGAAGCACUGAAGAGACUUCCAGAGCAGCUGUACAACGAGAGAAUGUUCCGCAUAAAGCGAGCGCUGGACCUAAGCUUGAAACAUCAGAUCCUUCCCAAAGACCAGUGGGUGAAGUAUGAAGAGGAUCACCGUUAUCUUGAACCAUACCUAAAAGAAGUAAUCCGUGAAAGACAAGAAAGGGAAGCAUGGAACAAGAAAUAACUAUUGAACCACUUCAUGCAAAUAUCCAGAUAUUUCUGAUAUUUUAAACAUUAGGUUGUAGAAGUCCAUAGGGAGGCAGUUGUGGGGCUGAGGAAUACUGUUUCAGCUUGUUCAUUGAGUCUGAUUAUCCAACUAAAAUAAACAUGUCAAACUAUAAAAA